AUGACACCACGCGACAGAGAAAUAUCUCCUCUCGCGCCGCAGUCUCACUCCUCUGGUUUUAUUCGAGAAGAAGCUAAAGAAGAAGACGCGUCGUCGUCGUCGUCUAAAUCGUCGAUGAAAUCGACGCUCAUUCAUCUCGGCCUGAACAGAUAUUUCUUCUUCGAAACCGUUGCAAACGCAUUCAUCACGCUCUUCACGUCCUCGAAGCAACCGCGCGGAGUACCAACCUUACCGCGGAUAUCGAAACUCUCCAAAAACGUCGUUCGAAUUCUCGGCGGGAAUCCGUCGCCGCUGACCUUGCAAGGCACGAACACGUAUUUAGUCGGCAGUGGGGAAAUUCGAUGGCUGAUCGAUGCGGGAGAUGGGAGGAAAAGGUGCCAGUACGGAAACGCGUUGCGCCUGGCGAUGCGGGAACAUAAAGUGAAACGGUUGCACGGAAUUUUGCUCACGCAUUGGCAUCCAGAUCACGCGUUUGGGGUGGACGUCGUGAGGAAGGCGUGCGGAGAUGCAAGGCUUCAGGCGUUUAAGAUGGUGAGGAAAGAGAAGGGCGAGAUGGCGGUGGCGAGGAGGACGGAAGAGGAGGACGAGAACGAGGACGGCCAAGGGAAGGAGAAACGGAGGCAUUAUGUGGACAUACGAGAUGGGGACGUGUUUAAAUGCGUUGGGGCAACGUUGGUAGCGAUGCACACGCCCGGACACGCGGAGGAUCACGUGUGUUUUCGGCUGUUAGGGGACGAGGAGGACGGCGGCGACGCCGUGUUCGCCGGAGAUUGUUUGAUGAAUGGGAGCACGGCAGAGUUUGAGGAUUUGAGCGCGUAUUCGAUGAGUUUGGGGAGGUUGUUAGAAGCGUUCACGAGGUCAAACGAGAAGUUGAGCAGUAUGAAAAGUAAUAAUAAGAGUGGUAGUAACGGCGAAAGGGAGGAUACGACGACGACGACGACAAUACAACGAGCGAGAUGUUAUCCUUCGCACGGCGACGUGAUUUCUGACGGCGAGCGGUUAACCCAGGCGUACUUGAAACACCGAAUAUCGAGAGAGAAACAGUUUUUGAGAGAGUUGACAAAGUUUGGUCAGAGAGGUGCGACGCUUUGGGAACUCACGCGGAGAGUGUACGGAGAUAUUGUCGGCAUCGUCGUAUUGUUGAUGAGCUGUUUGAAAAUCACAAAACAGCACUUGGAAAAAAUGUCCAAAGAUGGGACGGUAUCGGUGAAGAGGAAGGAAAGUGGGAACGUGUUUACGACUGCUCUUUCGUAUUUGCUGGCAAUAUUAUCCUUCGGUUUCUUUGGCGCGUCGACGAAAACGAGGUACGUGGCUGUCAUUAGUAACAAACACGAUUGA